CAUAAGAUGGCGGCGGCGUUGCUGGGGCGGCGGCGGCGGCGGUUGCGGCUGUCGCGGAGCGCGGGCGGUGCGCGGCUCUGCCCGGGCUCGCAGGGCGGAUAGAGCGGGGCCGGCGCGGCGGAGCGGGGCCGCCAUGGGCUCCCAGGUGCUGCAGAUCCUGCGCCAGGGCGUGUGGGCGGCGCUGAGCGGCGGCUGGUACCAGGACCCGCACCAGGGCGCGGGGGUCAACGCGCUGCACCUCUACCUGUGGCUCUUCCUGCUCGGCUUCCCCUUCACCCUGUACAUGGCUCUUCCUUCUUCCAUGAUGAUAGUAGCUGUCUAUUGCCCAGUGAUAGCAGCUCUCUUUAUCGUUUUGAAGAUGGUGAAUUACCGUUUGCACAGGGCACUGGAUGAGGGAGAAAUUGUGGAGAGGAAUGCCAGUGAGCAUAUGGACAGAGGUGCAAAAACAGAACAAAGCAGUGUUUCAGCGAAGAGGAAAGACAGCAAUGGGCCCAGUGACCCUGGUGGAGGUAUUGAGAUGUCAGAGUUCAUACGAGAAGCAACUCCUCCUGUUGGCUGUAGUUCACGCAAUUCCUAUGCUGGGAUAGAUCCAAACAACCAGGUUGGAUCUGGGUUAUCUCGUCUGGGAACAGCAGCAACCAUCAAAGGUGAUACUGACACUGCCAAGACCUCUGAUGAUAUCAGUUUGAGUCUUGGCCAGAGUUCUAGCCUAUGUAAAGAAGGGAGUGAAGAACAAGAUUUGGCAACUGAUCGGAAGCUUUUUCGUCUGGUGUCGAACGACUCAUUUGUCUCCAUCCAACCUUCAUUGUCCUCUGGACAGGAUUUGCCAAGGGACAGCGGUGACAAAGUGUGCCUCUCGAACAACCAGCUUGUGGACCAGUCUAAAAACGGUGCAUGUGACGCAGAAGUAGCUUCGCUGGUAACUCUGCAUUCUCACUCCUAUAGGAAGGAUCAUAGACCUCGAGGUGUACCAAGGACUUCUAGCUCUGCUGUUGCUUUUCCAGAUGCUUCACUAAAUGACUUCCCCCUCUAUCAGCAAAAACGAGGACUAGAUCCUGUCAGUGAGUUAGAAGCUUCCAAACCCCCUUCUGGAUCCCGAGAGUCUUUGGGUGAGAACUCUUGCAUUUCAGGAGUUUUUCAAUUAGAUGACAUUCUGAAAAGUAGCAGCCCUCAACCAUUGUCUAAGAGUGGGAAGAGCAAAUCAUUGAAAGCAGACAAAAGUAUGGACAGUCUGAGAAGCCUGAGUACUAGAAGCAGUGGUUCAACAGAAAGCUACUGCAGCGGGACUGAUCGUGACACCAACAGUACCAUCAGUAGCUAUAAAAGUGAACAUACUAGCUCAACACAUAUAGAAAGUGUAUUGUCAGAGCACGAGGAGGAGUCUCCUAGAGAAGAGGAAAAGGAUGGUAAGAAAAAAGACUGUGGUGUUGACUCAGAGGAUGACAGUAGUGCUACUACUGACAAAAGGACUAGUAGCCAAAGGACUGCUGUGGAAGUGAGUCCUCUGGGUGCUGUUCAAGAGGUAAAGGGUUCUAAUGCAUCUGAUGAGAUGCACAGCCAGAAAGGUCUUGGUGCCUCUGCUUCAGAAGAGGCCAAUAAGAACCCACAUGCCAAUGAAUUGACUACACAAGCUGACAGGCCGCAUGGGAAGGCUGCUGAACAAAGAGAUGAGCAGAGUGAGAAACUAGCCGUGUUAGUAGAUUCAAGAACUGCUAAAGAAACUAGUGGAAAACUAAAAGAAGGAGAUGUCCGACCAAAAUCUUCUAGUUUGAUACAUCGAACAGCCUCUAGCCACAAGUCGAGCCGGAGAAGGACAGGAAAAAAGCGGGCUAGUAGUUUUGAUUCAAGUCGGCACAGGGAAUAUGUUUCCUUCCGAGGCGUAUCUGGUACUAAACCUCACAGUGCUGUGUUUUGUCACGAUGAGGACUCCAGUGAUCAAAGUGACUUGAGCAGGACAUCAAGCAUGCAGUCAGCUCACCAGUUCAGCAGUGAUAGCUCUUCCAGCACCACCUCCCAUUCAUGCCAGUCUCCUGAUGGAAAAUACAGUGCUUUAAAGACCAAAUACGUUUCUAAAGACCGUGGGGGCGCAGACUCUGAAAAUGCUCACAAAACCCACGUUAGCUCUGAAGGAAUUAGCAAAAAAAGAUCUACACGACGGACUUCUAGCACAAACAGUGCCAAGAAUCGUGCCAGAGUGUUAAGCCUGGACAGUGGUACUGUAGCUUGUUUAAAUGACCCAAAUAGUUUAAUGGCACCAGGUAACAUAAAACAGUUAACCACUUCAAAAUCUGAUUUGGAAGCCAAAGAAGGAGAGGUGCUAGAUGAGCUAUCUCUGUUGGGAAGGGCUUCACACUUAGAGUCAGUCACUCGUUCUAGGAAUAGCUUACCAAGCCAGGCUACAUUUCCUGAAGGGGAAGAGCAAGAAUCAGCAAGUGGAGCAGCACAAGCCAGCGAGGAGACUGUCACAUUUCGCCGUGAACGCAGCACAUUUAGGCGUCAGGCAGUACGACGCCGGCACAAUGCAGGGAGUAACCCUACCCCUCCUACAUUGCUCAUCGGAUCACCCCUCAGCCUUCAAGAUGGUCAGCAAGGCCAGCAGUGCUGCUCCCAGGUCAGAGUGCAGUCCUGCCCCCCUUCCCAGGCAGCUGUGCCCGGCGCUAGCGCCUCCUUGCUGGUGAGAAAUGGGAGUGUCCACUUAGAAGCAUCACAUGCCACUGCAUCUGCUGUAGGCGGUAGCAGUUUGCACGAUGAACUUGGUAAGUUCAGUUCUACGCUCUACGAGACAGGGGGCUGCGACAUGUCGCUUGUGAACUUUGAGCCAGCUGCAAGAAGAGCAUCCAACAUCUGUGACACGGACUCUCACGUAUCGAGUUCUACCUCAGUUCGCUUCUAUCCACAUGAUCUACUUUCUCUUCCUCAGAUCAGGUUGAACAGGCUGCUAACAAUGGAUACAGAUCUGUUGGAGCAGCAAGAUAUUGACCUGAGUCCUGACCUUCAGGACCACAUGCAGCCUCAAGAGGAAGCAGCUCAAAAAGUCAAGCAGUACUAUCGCUUUUGGAUCCUGCCUAAACUUUGGAUUAGCAUCAAUUUUGAUAGAUUAACUCUUCUGGCUUUAUUUGAUAGGAAUCGUGAGAUCCUUGAGAACGUAUUAGCUGUCAUCCUAGCUAUUCUAGUUGCAUUUCUGGGCUCUGUACUUCUUAUAGAGGGCUUUUUCAAGGAUAUUUGGGUCUUCCAGUUUUGCCUGGUAAUAGCCAGUUGCCAGUACUCACUGUUGAAGAGUGUUCAGCCAGAUUCUUCUUCCCCCCGACAUGGUCACAAUCGUAUCAUAGCCUAUAGUAGGCCUGUAUAUUUCUGUUUAUGUUGUGGUCUGAUUUGGCUGUUGGAUUAUGGCAGCAGAAACAUAUCUACAACAAGGUUCAGGUUGUAUGGAAUGGCUUUCACCAACCCAUUGCUGCUGCUGUCAGCCAGGGACUUAGUUAUAGUGUUUACACUAUGUUUCCCUAUAGUAUUCUUCAUUGGUCUCCUGCCUCAGGUGAAUACAUUUGUGAUGUAUCUCUGUGAACAGCUGGACAUUCAUGUCUUUGGUGGCAAUGCUACCACAAGCCUGCUUGCAGCACUUUACAGUUUUAUCUGUAGUAUUGUGGCAGUAGCAUUGUUGUAUGGACUGUGCUAUGGUGCCCUGAAGGAUUCCUGGGAUGGGCAGCAUAUUCCAGUUCUCUUCUCCAUAUUUUGUGGUUUAUUAGUGGCAAUAUCAUAUCAUCUCAGCAGACAAAGCAGUGACCCUUCUGUACUUUUCUCUUUAGUGCAAUCAAAAUUUUUUCCUAAUUCUGAAGACAAAAACCCUGAAGAUCCUCUGUCUGAAGUAAAAGAUCCUUUACCUGAGAAGCUUAGAAAUUCUGUGAGUGAACGAUUGCAGUCUGACCUGAUAGUGUGUAUAGUGAUUGGUGUCCUCUAUUUUGCAAUACAUGUCAGUACAGUAUUUACAGUUUUACAGCCUAUUUUAAGUUAUGUUCUCUAUGCAUUGGUGGGUACGGUGGGCUUUGUGACCCAUUAUGUUCUGCCUCAACUCCGAAAGCAGCUUCCUUGGCAUUGCUUUUCUCACCCGCUGCUGAAAACCAAGGAAUACCAUCAGUUUGAAGUCCGGAAUGCUGCACAUGUUAUGUGGUUUGAGAAACUUCACAUUUGGCUCCUUUUUGUAGAGAAGAAUGUUAUCUAUCCACUGAUAGUCCUCAAUGAGCUUAGUAGCAGCGCUAAGAAUAUUGCUAGUCCAAAGAAACUGGAUACUGAGUUGGGUGCUUUAAUGAUCACAAUAGCUGGCUUGAAGUUACUGCGUUCAUCAUUCAGUAGCCCAACGUGCCAGUAUGUCACUGUUAUUUUCACAGUGCUCUUCUUUACUUUUGAUUACAAAAGUUUUACUGAGACCAUGCUGCUAGAUCUCUUCUUCAUGUCCAUACUCUUCAGCAAGCUUUGGGAACUCUUUUAUAAAUUGAGAUUUGUAUACACCUACAUUGCUCCCUGGCAGAUCACAUGGGGGUCUGCCUUCCAUGCUUUUGCCCAGCCCUUUGCUGUGCCACAUUCUGCCAUGUUGUUUGUCCAAGCAGUUGUGUCAGCUUUCUUCUCUACUCCACUGAAUCCUUUUCUGGGAAGUGCAAUAUUCAUCACUUCAUAUGCCAGGCCUGUCAAAUUCUGGGAAAGAGACUACAACACAAAACGUGUGGAUCAUUCAAAUACUAGACUGGCUUCGCAGCUGGAUCGGAAUCCAGGUUCAGAUGAUAACAACCUGAAUUCUAUCUUCUAUGAGCAUUUAACCCGUUCCCUUCAGCACAGCUUAUGUGGAGACUUGUUGUUGGGUCGCUGGGGAAACUACAGUACUGGGGACUGCUUCAUCCUAGCCUCUGACUACCUCAAUGCACUAGUACACCUUAUAGAGAUAGGAAACGGCUUGGUCACCUUCCAGCUGAGGGGGCUUGAAUUCAGAGGAACUUACUGUCAGCAACGAGAAGUAGAGGCCAUCACUGAAGGUGUAGAGGAAGAUGAAGGUUUUUGUUGCUGUGAACCAGGCCACCUUCCUCACAUGCUUUCCUUUAAUGCAGCCUUUGGGCAGCGUUGGCUGGCUUGGGAAGUGCUUGUAACAAAGUAUGUUCUGGAGGGUUACAGCAUCACUGACAACAGUGCAGCUUCCAUGCUCCAAGUCUUUGAUCUCCGGAAAAUUCUUACCACCUACUAUGUGAAGGGAAUCAUCUAUUAUGUCACAAGCUCCCCCAAGCUAGAGGAAUGGUUAGCUAACGAGACCAUGCAGGAGGGCCUGCGGCUGUGCACAGACCGCAAUUACGUGGAUGUAGACCCAACAUUUAACCCCAAUAUUGAUGAGGAUUAUGACCACCGUCUGGCAGGGAUCUCACGAGAGAGCUUCUGUAUGAUAUAUUUGAACUGGAUAGAAUAUUGCUGCUCUCGAAGAGAAAAGCCACUGGAUUCAAGUAAGGACUCACCCCUAGUGACACUGUGUUAUGGACUGUGUGUUCUGGGGCGGAGAGCAUUGGGAACAGCUUCACAUCAUAUGUCUAGUAACCUGGAAUCCUUCUUGUAUGGCCUGCAUGCCCUAUUUAAGGGUGACUUCCGUAUAUCUUCAAUAAGAGAUGAAUGGAUCUUUGCUGACAUGGAAUUACUGAGGAAAGUAGUGGUCCCUGGAAUACGGAUGUCACUGAAGCUACAUCAAGAUCACUUCACUUCUCCAGAUGAAUAUGAUGAUCCUUCUGUCCUUUAUGAAGCUAUAACAACUCAUGAAGAAAAUCUAGUUAUAGCACAUGAAGGGGACCCUGCUUGGCGAAGUGCAGUUCUUUCCAACUCUCCGUCCCUCCUUGCUCUGCGCCACGUGAUGGACGAUGGCACCAAUGAGUACAAGAUCAUCAUGCUCAAUAAGCGCUAUCUCAGUUUCAGGGUCAUUAAGGUCAAUAAGGAGUGUGUACGUGGCCUGUGGGCAGGACAACAGCAGGAGCUUGUCUUCCUGCGUAAUCGUAAUCCAGAAAGAGGAAGUAUCCAAAAUGCUAAACAAGCUCUGAGGAACAUGAUCAACUCUUCUUGUGACCAGCCAAUUGGAUACCCCAUCUAUGUCUCACCUUUGACUACUUCCUAUUCAGAUAGUCAUGAACAGCUAAAGGACAUUCUUGGGGGAGCCAUCAGCUUAGGAAACAUCAGAAACUUCAUAGUGUCUACAUGGCACAGACUAAGGAAAGGCUGUGGAGCUGGCUGCAAUAGUGGUGGAAAUAUUGAGGAUUCAGAUGCUGGAGGUGGAGCUUCUUGCACAAGUAACAAUGCAACUAUCAAUGAGUCACAGAGCAGCAUGUCACAAGGAGGAGGGAAUGCAACUACAGGGCAGGGACCUGGAGCAGUACAGCACCCUCCUGUGGCAGCUCAUCCCACAACUUUUUCUGCAGCUCAUCCACCAACUCAUCCCCCCACUCUGGGCACCAGUCACAGCUCCCACUCUGUGCAGUCCAGCCUUGUCAGACAUUCCCCUGCCCGUGCCUCAGUCGCCAGCCAUUCAUCCUACUGCUACGGCAGCCGUCACUCGUCCCUUCGCACAUCCACAGCGGGCUUUGUGCCUUGCCGCCGCUCCUCCACCAGCCAGAUAUCCCUUCGCAACCUCCCCUCUUCCAUCCAGUCCCGCCUGUCCAUGGUCAACCAAAUGGAACCUACUGGCCAGACUGGGGUCAGCGUGCAGCACGGACUGCCCUCUUCUAGCAGCUCCAGCCAAAGCAUCCCAGCCUGUAAACAGCAUGCCCUUGUGGGCUUUCUAGGGACAGAAGGAGGGAGUAAUGCAGCUGAAACUCAGUCAGGUGGCAGUGCAAGCCCUGCAAACCAAAUGCAAGCCAAAAAGGAUGACGUUAUUUACAGAAUCCAGUUAAUGGAUCCCAGUCAAGUACUGGAAGGGAUCAACGUGUCAAAAAGGAAAGAGCUGCAGUGGCCAGAUGAGGUGAUACGGCUAAAAGCUGGAAGAAACAGCUGGAAAGACUGGAGUCCUCAGGAAGGCAUGGAAGGCCAUGUGAUUCACCGCUGGGUGCCUUGCAGCAGAGAUCCAAGUAGUCGGUCACAUAUAGAUAAAACCAUCCUGCUGGUUCAAAUUGAAGAUAAAUAUGUUGCUGUUGUUGAAACUGGAGUCCUUGAACUUGGGGCUGAAGUGUAAAUCUCUCUGAGACUGAAACUUCCCCUUCUCCAAUGAUUCAGAAGAGAGGGGGUUCAGAAGAAGCAGCUCCCAGGACACGAAACUUUGGUCCGGUUGUAGGAGAGGACUUGAAACACAGAUUUGUCUAAGUCCCUUCCCCCAAAUAAACAAGUGUAAGAAAAUUUUUUUAAGUUGUUAGCUGCUGAAGAAACACUUGCAUGAAGGAUAGAUUUGUUGAGACAUAUCUUUUGUUUAUAAAUUUUGUUAUGCAUUGCGUAAUGCUUUAAAUCAACAAACUUUUCAGUUCUAAGAUCAGAGCACCUCAUAUUUUUCUAAUUGUUUUGCCAAAAAUUGCCAUGUCUUGUCACAGAGUGUGUGGAAUUCAUCCACCUUAUUUUAAUGAAAUUGACUACAAACCUUCAGUUUGGUGAAACAGUGUAAGGGUUUCAGGUGUGGCAAGAAGAGACUGAACAGAUGUAUAGAUUCUUAUUCCUUAUGAGCUAAACAUUAAUGAGAACUGCACUAAUUUUUUUACAGCAAUGCACUAAAAACAACCCUGAGAUUGCUGAGAACAUUUAUUUAUAUAUAUAAAUAUAAGUAUAUAAAAUACCAUUAUUUAAAUUGCCUUUGGGAUUAAUCCCCUCCCUCUCCAUAUACAUGUUGAUGGUAAGGGCUGUGCCAUGGGUUUGGUUCUAUGUUCUGUAUUUCGUACAAGUGCAUUUGCUGCAUCCUCUUCACAAUAAAUGGUAAAAUAACAAAUGUGUAGAAAAGCACCUGAGUAUCCCUGUGCUACAUCAGACUUUAUUGUGGUGGCAGUGGUACCUCAAGCCUGUACAACACAUCUAGCUUUAAAGAGGGCCCCAAUAUGACUUUCCAUCUGUCUUCCCUUCACUAGCCUUGGCUACUUUGCUUCUUUACACCCAGAGCCGGCUGUGUUGCUUCAUUGUCUCUUUUCUGGCAAACACAGUGGUUUUAGUUUUGUAGUGGAAGGUGCAGGUCUAUGAUUACUUCACAUAUGCUUGAAGGUUUUUUUUUAUUUUAUACAAUUUAAAAAGAAAAAACAGUAACAACUUCCCAAACAAAACAAAAAAUAGAAAACAGUAACAACUUCUGAAACAAAAUGAAAAAAGAACCCAACAAAACUUGACUUCUGCUUUCAGUGAUCUUUUAUAGAAGGCACAGCCCUAAACUUGUAUCACUUUUACCACCUUGCCUUCUCUUUCCCUUUAGUCUUCAUUCUUUUCUAUGACUUGAAUUUUAUUUUCUGUGAUUAUAUAUUCUAUGUAAGUGUAAUUUGAGUAUUUAUAACUGUGAAGUUGAAUUAUUCAUGUGUUACAUAUCUUAGGUUUUAUUGUAUUUUUUUAAAAGUGUGUAUUCAGGGAAACAAGUAACUCAGAACUAUCAUGGGAGUGUGAGAGGGAAACUGGUUUGUUCUUGACUUGCAGUUCCUAUGACUCACUUUUCUUAAUCCGUAAGAAAGAAGUGUACCUGUUGUGAUUGUUUCCUGUUUCUGACCUGUAAUUAUAUAGGACUCUGUGGGGAAUUUGCAUACAGUUCUAGCUUUUGGGAGCAGCCAUCUUCUUCCCAGUCACCUCCACUUCUUUAUAUGUGUUGUAAUUAGAAGAGACUUCUGAUAUACCACAGAGGUUAUUAUAAUUAAUUCUCUGACAUCAGAGAAACAUUGUCCUUUAUGUACCUAAUGCAAGAGUGAAAUUACAUGGCAUAAGAAAAAAGGAAGAAACAGCUACCUAAGAAAUGCUGGUAUUCCAGCUCAAGUCACUGUAUGCCAUCUGGCCAUGAAAGGGUAAGUCUGUGUGCCUGGUAGCUACUCAGUUCCAGCUACUGUUCCCAGUGAGUGAUACUGGGACCUUGCUUGCAUCAUAGACUAUGCAAACUUGUCCUCAAAAUGCUGUGUAUCCUAAAGUUGCAUAUUACUUUUCUCUUUAUUCAUACAUGGUCCCAUUUGAUCAUGGUAUAAAUGCACAGAUCUGCCACCCUUGAAACUAUGUGGAACAGCAAAAUUCCUUAUAUGUAUCACAUUAUAGAGUAGUUGAAUUCAUCUCCUGCAUAUAUGAAAAUGUGCUACAGAAGAUGAAACUUCUGUAGCGGUCUGGUAAUGCUGCUACCAGGAACAAAGAAAAUGUAUAUGUUUUGAAUUGAAGGCCUUUUAGUGAAGAUUUUGUUCUAAGUCCUUCCCUUCAGGUAAAUACUUUUAAUUAAUUGAUACCUUUAAUUAAUUAAUACAGGUUUUCUGUAUCACUAGGAACAUUACUUCAUUUAAAAGGGAGAAGUUUGUUUGAAAAUAAGCCCCUGUUUGACGUUAGUUGCACAGGGUUGGUUUUUUUCCCCCUUGGACUGAAGCCUUGAGGUAAACAAAUGACUGAUAACCAAAAUAUAUAGGUUAGAUUUUUUUUGCUUUGUUUUUUUUUAAAGCUGACUGAAAAAACUUUUAGUAUGUUAACCCUGACUGAACAAUCUCUUACUCUCUUUGGGGUAAGGUAAGGACAAUGUCCAUUGCUGGUAAAAGAUGUGAUAGGAAUUAAUGGCUUGUUAAUGUGGAAAUUUUAGUGCAUAUGUGUAUCUGCCUGGAAUUAAACUGACAAACAGCAGAUAGAGAAAGAGAGAGAUUUUUUUUAAGGGCAAAGAGAAUUAAUGAAUAUUUCUAUUUUUUAUAAAACAUAAGGCUUUUGGUAUGUUGACUUCAGGAGAUGGAUUUUAAUGUGCACAGCUAACAGGUUAACAUUUUCUUUCAGGUAUUUGGCUAACAUCUUUUGUGAAGCCAUUCACAUAGUGCUCAAACCUAUUCCAGAUCUGCUCAACAGCAGCCACCUAGUUGAAAUUUCACUCUUCCAUAAGGCUUUGGAAAACUAACUCUAAACAUUUUCCUGAACUCAUUAAGAUUCAUACGAUUGUAUGUUGGUUUGUACAGAGUUUAUCUUUGGUUUCUACUGUGUAAGUGACACAAAAAUAUUUUUCUUCUAACUCAGAAUCACACAGAAUUAACUAGGUUGAAAAUGACGUUUGAGGUCAUAGAGUCUGACCUAUAACUGAACACCGCUUUGUCAACUACUAGACCAUGGUACAUACGAAGUGCCACAUCCAGUCUUUUAAAUACCUCCAGGGAUGGUGACUCCACCACCUCCCUGGGCAGCCUGUUGCAGUGCCCGAUCACUCUUUUUGUGAAGAAUUUCUUUCUAAUGCCCAGCCUAAACUUCCCCUGGCAUAGCUUAAGACUGGGUCUUCUUGUCCUGACACCGGUUACCUGGGAGAAGAGAUCAGUCCCCACCUGGCUACACCCUCCUUUCAGGGAGUUGAGAAUUGUAGGGGUUCCCCUGCACCUGCUCUUUUCCAGGCUUCACAUCCCCAGCUUCCGCAGCCUUCUCAUAGGAUUUGUACUCCAGACCCUUCACCAGCCUAGUUGCUCUGGUCUGGAUGCAUUUCAGCAUCUCAAUGUCCUUCCUAAAUUGGGGGGCCCAGAACAGGACACAGCAUUCAGGGUGGGACCUAACCCUUCUGAGUACAGGGGGAUGAUCUCAGCCCUGGUCCUGCUGGCCACACAGGCCAGGAUACCAUUGGCCUUCUUGGCCACAGGAUAGACCUGUCUUUGGAAACCUCUGUUCUAGAUAAAAGUUAUUUCAUCUUUUGUUUUAUUUUCUUGGCCUUUGUCUUGAUGUGUAAUAUUUUUCUGCUGUUGUAAGGAUGGAAAAGAUGGGUAUUUUCAAAUUAGUCCUGUCAGUCCAAAUUGAAUCUUACCAUAGAGCAGAAUGUUUUGGUUCUUUCUAGACUUUUAUGAAAAGUCUUAAAGAUGUUUGCUUUUACUCUGUCCCCUUGCAUUGUGAUAUUCUCUUGCCAUAAGAACAUUCCAUUUAAGUCCUACUGUUGUAGCUUCCAGGUAGACUCCAAUCUAUUUUCUUUCUUAGAUUUCUUUGGAGGUUGUAUCUAUGUGUACAUAUGUAAGGACUUCUCCCUAAAACAUUCAGUUGCAGAAAAGGGCUUGAAAACUCCGUUAAGCAGAUGAUGUCAUUAGUAAAAAUGGCUACUACAUGAUGUUUUAAAACCUUUUCUCAUUUCACUUCUCUGUGAAUUCUUUUAAAAUGUUCUGACUAAAAAAACCAAAAACUUAGAACUGUGUAUGUGGCACCACUGAUGACACCUAGACUUCUGUGCUACUUGCAGUGGAUGAUACUAGUGCUGGAUUCUGGGGAUCUCUCUCAUGAUCCAGCAUGUGUGAAAUGGUUUCAGAGUUUGGGGAAGAUGAUGAUGAUGAUGUUUUCUUGAGGUAUUUCCAUGUAGGCUGAGUGGUCCUACAGCAUGGGACAUCUGGCAUGUUUCUGAGUGGUGAUGUCAGUUUUCCAGUCAAGUCAUCACCAGUCAUUCCUCAUCCCAUGGUCACAAUGCCUUUGGGAACUGAAGAACUCUUUGAGAAGCCUGGAUGACUGGUGAGAUGAAGACAUGGCACAGGUCUAUGCCUUUGGCAAAAGGCUAUAAAGCUUUGUCUGGAUUUGGGCAAGGGGGGGAGAGAUGCCUUAUGAUUGAUUCAGGUUUUUCUGAUAAUGCACACACCACCAUGCUACCUAGGAGUGUAGAUAACACAGACACUGCUUUAAAGACCUUUCUCAAUUACAGAACUCUCAAUUCACAAAAUGGAGCUGGAUAAAUUGCAUUUCUUACCAUUAACAAUAUUAUUCAACUUAUAUUGGAUUUGGGGUUGUACCACCACAGGUUUUAUGUACUUAAUUUUAUUAAGGAAUUUUAUACCUAUUAUAUAGGCAUCUAUUCUUUUCUUGUCUGGCUUGCUGUUUGAUAUUCUAAUGCAGUACAUUCAGUGGCGCUGGACUCUUUCAGAAAUUAUACUGGUAAUUCCUGGUGCCUUAGUAAAAAAGUGGGUACAUAACACCUUGGUGGAAGGUAAAGCAUGUGACUUGUUUCACCCCAGCAUGAUAUGCAUAUUUCUAAAAAGGUGAUUAAGAUGGCUGCCCCAAAAGAUUUUGGGAGUAUACCUACAUCACUUGGUCAUGAACAUUUGAAUAUGAACAAUUUUUAUGACUUCUGUUAUGUACAGUUUGAAUAGAUAAGCCCAGUACACUUAGGCCACAACUUUGAAAGAUGGCAAUCAAAUAGCUGGAUAUGUAACUUCUUACACAGAUGCCCUUGAAAGCCUGACAAUAGCUGCUGGUUAGGAAAUGGAGAGGGGAGUAGAGCAUAAAUGAGAGGAUGGCUUUGGUUUUUAAUGGACAAUGAAAAUAUGUAUUGCCUCUACCAGCAAAAGGUUACCUUGCCAGGGAUAGGGAUAUAUGUACCUGCGUGUCUGUGAGUGUGUAUGUGUCUGCGUGUGUUAUUGGAAACAGCCUGUAAAUAUUGUAGCUGUUUAAAAUGGAAAAGGCAGAGAGUUUUUUGCAACGUGUUGCAGCAAAAGGACAGUACUGACAGUGGAGAAACACUGAGAAAUAAAAGAACCUUUUUUCA